UUCUGCACAGAGUUGCUCUCUCUCUCUGUCUCUCUCUCUCUUCCUCCCUCACUCUCCCUCCCUCUCUCUUUCACGGACGCAGCACACCUCCUCAUCACCAGCCACCGUGCGUGCUGGGGGCUGACGCCAGUACCCGCGGAGUGUCGUUGCGCGCACCCUCCUUUAAUUUUUCCUCCACAUAGCCUAGCCUACAUUUUUUUUCCUCCCUGACGCAGACAGCUGUAGUGGCACCGGAGCUCCCUUUAUCUCCGAGCUCCCUCCGUCCAUGUUUCUUUUCCUCUCAUCCUUUACGGGAAGCUUACUGACAAUUUCGGAAUAUGGUCCCUCUCCGUGGUAAUGCCAUGUGACAAGGCUUUUCAUCAUCCGGUGUUUCCUUCCUCUCCGGCAAAAGUCGCUGCGGGGUCCGCCUGUGUGCUCUGGCUUUGGUGAUAUUCAAACAGUGGCAAAGUGAAGGAGAAUUGAAAAGCCUGUGGGAGAAAUGGAAGUUUUGGCCGUCGGCUGGGUCCGCUGAGGCUGAGGCUGCUGCUGGUGCUGCUGCUGCUGCUGCUGCUGCUCGUGGUUUGGUGAUUGGUGCAGGGGGGGAAACUGCGUCGCCAGGUCUCAAUGAGGCUUGGGAUCUGGUGUCAUUAUAACAGGACCUGCUUUUCAAGAUAACGCGGCUUUCUUUCCCCCCUUUUCGUUCACCGAAUGAAUGGUUGCAGAUUGUAUUUCUUUAAAUGCGCUGCCACAUCCUCCAGCCCCCUCAUCCCGCUUUAACGCGUCGGCGUUUGGAUGCGGCUUGUUUUCUCUGCGGCUCCGCGUCUCUCCACUCGCCCAGAAUAUGAUUUAACGUCGGGAGGAAUUUCAACAGGGUACCAGUCUGUGACUACCCGGGAAUCUCGUCCUCGUUUCAUUUACGCACACGCAUCGCACUCCAACUCGCAGAGAGUGGACAUCAAGGCAGAGAUCACAGUUAAUUUCCUUGAUCACCCUACAGAUGGACUAAAAAGAAGCCUUCGGAUCUCGGGAUUUUAACUCCAUUCGCUCUCACUUAGAGAGCGCUAGUUUUUUUUUUCUUUUUUCCUCUGGAGGGGGGAUAUCUGUGGACAUAAUGAAAGUUAUCACGGCUGUGUUGCUGAUGGCCGUUUUUUGGAGCCAGCAGUGGAAGUCUGCGCUCUCGGAUUCAAUCAUCCAUAUCGGUGCCAUCUUUGAUGAAUCAGCACGAAAAGACGACGAGGUAUUUCGUCUUGCUGUGGCAGAUCUCAAUCUCAACAAUGAGAUCCUGGAGACAGAGAAGAUCACCAUCUCUGUGGAAUUCGUUGAUGGGAACAACCCCUUCCAGGCAGUGCAAGAAGCCUGUGAGCUGAUGAACCGUGGUAUCCUGGCUCUGGUCAGUUCAAUUGGCUGCAUGUCCGCCGGCAGCCUCCAGACUCUGGCCGACGCCAUGCACAUCCCCCACCUCUUUAUCCAGCGCUCCCCAGCGGGAACACCCCGUUCCGCCUGCCCGCCCACCAGUCGGGUCGCUGGAACAGACGACUACACCCUAAUGGUCCGCCCACCUGUCUAUCUCAACGAGGUCAUCAUGCAAGUGGUCUCUGAGUACAGCUGGCAGAAGUUCAUCCUCUUCUAUGACUCAGAUUUUGAUAUCCGUGGCAUUGAAGACUUCCUGGACCGGACGUCCCAGCAGGGGAUGGACGUGUCCCUUCAGAAGGUGGAAUCCAAUAUCAACAUGAUGAUCACCAGCCUUUUCAGGACGAUGCGCGUGGAAGAGCUCCACCGCUAUCGGGAUACGCUACGAAGAGCCGUCCUGUUCAUGAGCCCAGCCACGGCCAAGGCGUUCAUCACUGAGGUGGUGGAGACCAACCUGGUGGCCUUCGAUUGUCACUGGAUCUUGAUUAAUGAGGAGAUCUCCGACUAUGACUUACAGGAGUUGGUCAUGAAGUCGAUCGGCCGGCUGACGCUGGUGCGCCAGAUGUUCCCGAUGCCCCAGAACACGACUCAGCGCUGCGUCAAACACAACCACAGAAUCAACACUUCUCUCUGUGACCCCAAAAACCCCAAAGCUCAGCAGCUGGAGAUCACAAACCGCUACAUCUAUGACACCGUGUUGCUGCUGGCUAAUACCUUUCACAGAAAACUGGAGGACAGGAAGUGGCACAGCAUGGCCAGUCUGAGCUGCAUCAGGAAGAACUCCAAACCGUGGCAGGGAGGCAAGAGCAUGCUGGAAACUGUCAAGAAGUUCGGAGUGAGUGGUCUCACCAGCUUUUUGGAGUUCACCGACAACGGCACCAACCCCAACAUCUUCUUUGAAAUCCUGGGAACAAAUUAUGGAGAGGACAGGGGCCGAGGUGUCAGUAGGCUGGCCACAUGGGACCCAGUGCAUGGCUUGAAUGGAACUCUGACCGACAGGAAAUUGGAAAAUAACAUGAGGGGAGUCGUGCUCCGAGUCGUCACCGUUCUGGAGGAGCCGUUUGUAAUGGUGUCCGAAAACGUUCUUGGGAAGCCGAAGAAGUAUCAGGGCUUCUCCAUCGACGUCCUGGACGCCCUGUCUAACUACCUGGGCUUUAAGUACGAGAUCUAUGUGGCCCCUGACCACAAGUACGGCAGCCUCCAGCCGGACGGCCAGUGGAAUGGGCUGAUGGGCGAGUUGGUCUUCAAGCGAGCCGAUGUCGGACUUUCUGCCUUGACCAUCACGCCUGAGCGGGAAAGCGUUGUUGACUUCACCACACGCUACAUGGAUUAUUCUGUGGGCGUUCUGCUGCGCAAGGCCGAGCGCACCGUGGACAUGUUCGCCUGCCUGGCACCCUUCGACCUGUCACUGUGGGCGUGCAUCGCGGGCACCGUGCUCCUCGUUGGAAUCCUGGUGUAUCUGCUGAACUGGCUCAACCCUCCCCGGCUGCCCAUGGGAUCUGUGUCUUCCACAACGCUGUAUAAUUCCAUGUGGUUCGUGUACGGCUCCUUCGUGCAGCAAGGUGGAGAGGUUCCCUACACCACCCUGGCCACAAGGAUGAUGAUGGGCGUUUGGUGGAUGUUCGCUCUAAUUGUUAUCUCCUCAUACACGGCCAAUCUGGCAGCCUUUCUCACGAUCUCACGCAUUGAAAACUCCAUACAAUCCCUACAGGACUUAUCCAAGCAGACAGAGUUGCCGUACGGCACAGUGCUGGACUCCGCUGUGUACGAUCAGGUGCGCUCCAAGGCGAUGAACCCCUUCGAGAGAGACCCCAUGUACUCCCAGAUGUGGCGGAUGAUUAAUCGCACUGGAGGAGGAGAUAAUAAUGUCGAGGAGUCGAAGGAAGGCAUUCGCAAGGUGAAAUAUGGCCGGUUUGGUUUCGUGUGGGAUGCAGCAGUGUUGGAAUAUGUCGCCAAUAACGACGAGGACUGCUCCUUCUACACCGUCAGCAACAACGCACCAGACCGUGGAUAUGGUAUCGCCAUGCAGCAUGGCAGCCCCUACAGGGACAUUUUCUCCCAGAGAAUCUUGGAACUCCAGCAGAAUGGUGACAUGGAUAUACUAAAGUUGAAGUGGUGGCCCAAGGACAGCCCUUGCGACCUGUACAGCUCAAUGCAGACCAGACAGCACGGCAACGCCCUCGAUAUCCACAGCUUCGCCGGCGUCUUCUGCGUCUUAGCGGCCGGGGUGGUGCUCUCCUGCCUCAUAGCCAUGGUGGAAAGCUGGUGGUCACGAAGGAAGGGAUCCAGGGUCCCCUCCAAGGAGGACGAUAAGGAGAUCGACCUGGAGCACCUACACCGCCGGGUUAACAGCCUGUGCACCGAGGAUGAAAGCCCCCACAAGCAAUUCUCCACCUCUUCCGUCGAUUUAACGCCCCUCGACAUGGAUGCGCUGCCCGCUGCUCGCCAGGCACUCGAGCAGAUCAGCGACUUCCGCAACACCCACAUCACGACCACCACCUUCAUCCCCGAGCAGAUCCAGACCCUAAGCCGUAGCCUCUCCGCCAAAGCUGCCGCUGGAUUUUCUGCUGGUUUCGGAAGCGGCGGUGGCGGCGGGGGCCUGCAGGACCAUCGGACUGGUGGUGUCGGCCCUUUCAGGCAGAGGGCCCCCAAUGGCGGCUUCUUCCGCAGCCCCAUUAAAACAAUGUCCUCCAUCCCCUACCAGCCCACAGGUCCGGGACCCAACUUUGGAUAUGGCAAUGAUCCAGACAGGGGCACCUCCAUAUGAGGGGCUCCUCAGGAUGUGGUUGUUUCGGGAGGAAGCGUAGGGGGAGGAGUAGGAGAUGGUGGAGCGGUUUGGUGUCGGUCACAGGGUGGUAGAGUGAAUAUGUUGCAGCCAACCUAAAAAGUCAGAAGACAGAGAUCUGUGUACAUAGGAAUCUUUCCGUUUUCAGUUUCUGCUUGGAGUGUCUGUUCUGUGUGUGGAGAAGACGGAGGAGGUGGAGGUCUGCUGGGGCAUUCCCUAUCCUCCUGCAAACUAUGCCGGCGAGAUACUCAACGGGAUAGGGUGGGUGGGGGCUUGAACCUUUUCUUUAUUGUUGUCGUUCUUGUGAUUGUUUGGGGGAUUAUUUUGGGAGAUAUGUAUGAAAGGGGAUUGAUUUGUUUUUUUUCUUGUUUAUGUUUCAUGACAUGAGGACUGCCUCAUGUAAUGGAAAUUUGCUGAUAUGACCUGGCUCCUCUUACAGUCUGAACCCCCCUCGGAGGGUUUAGUUUGUACUUGUCCAACAUCAGAAAAUACUUCUAUAUUCUUAGCUACAGUGCUGUUGUUGGUGGAGACCGGUGGUCUCCGUAGCCAUGAAACAACUCCAAGGGCCUCGAACCAAUAAGCAAUUAUGGGGCUGAUAUUUUGGGAUGGCAUAUAGAACAUUUGGUUUUGUCUCCGUCCCUGGGAAUAAGUACGGGCAGCAGUCCUCUGUAGUAUUUAGAAAAGGCCCCAAUCUCAGUGAAUAUUGGAAGAUUGUUCUCCUCCAGUUUUUGCUCUGCCUUUUCACGAUGUGGGAGUCCAUACUCAAGUGUUUCGCUUCUCUGGUGUUGGGUCACCGUGACCCAGGGUUCUCAGUGUGCAAUCAUUGCCGAGAUGGUGUCCACACAGUGGCCUGACCCGACCUAAGACUCAAACAGCUGAACUGUCGCUGACACGGUCCCGGUGCACCAAUCUGAAAAACUGUUGAAAUGCCAUGACGACAGUGCAACAGUACGACACUGUAAGAAUCACCGAUUUGGUGCAUCGACCUUAAACUACUUCUGCCAUUCUUUGGGUGCAUCAGCCUGAAACUGUUUCACCAUUUUGAUGCACAUUAACUCUUUGUCAAUCCCACUGCACUGUACCAGUGCCCACAGACCUGUAAGUGAUUGUAUGUAGAUCUGACCUUUUCUUUUCUCACCUGUACUGUGCUAUCUGCUUUUCAAGUGGAGGUGAGAUCCUUGAAUCAGACUCUCAAGAGUUAUAGUAAAAAGGGAUGAUAUAAAAAAAGCAGCUUAAAGACUUAUUAAAAAAAAAAAAACAAAAGACAAACCGAAAGACUUCAAGAAGCUUAUGCUUAUUAUAUGUCUUUUAUUGAAUUUUGUUUAUAAGAAAAAAAAAGAUUUUAACGUGUGGAAUGUGUUUUGGUCAGGAAGUACAAAAAAUUACAUUGUUCUGAGCUGUCUAAUUGUUCAUUUUUUAUUUUCAGCAAAUUUUGAAAAACUGCUAAAUGAGUGCUGUAGUCUCUGGUUUUGCAUCAUUAAGUCAUUCAAAGUUGAACAUUUGAGUUCGUUUUUGUUAUGCUUAUUUUUAGUGCUGCCAUGGCCCAGGUGUUUCUAAAAGAUAAAA